AUGCAUGAAAACAUAGAUUUUCAACCACGCUGGAUCUUGUGGGAAUAUGACGACGAACGUCUUUUAACGACAGCACCUCUCGAGGACAUCGAGGGAGAUAAACAAGCUGACAACAAAUACUGUACAUGUCAACACAGACCCUAUAAAAAUCCAAACGAGAGCUGGAAACUACAGAGGGCAUUAGCAAUACAAUUUGGCUUAUAUUUGCCCAAAAAACAUACUUGCAGCAAUUGGGGAGCAGGUAUUGAUCUUGCUUCAGGAACUUGGCGAUUCGAUAAUCCCACGUUACGACGGCAACAAUACGAUAUAAGAAUAGAAAUGGCACUGUACGCAGUAUAUGAUGUAAUAUCUUUGUGGUUUAUAAUGCUACAAAAAGAAAUGUAUGCAUCAAACAAGAAUACCGGAACAAAAUUGUCAACGGCUGAGUUAGAUCCUCUUCCAUCGGAUUCAUUAGUAACAAUAACAACAGCCACGCGUACAUCAUCUCCCCUAGAAGAACAUCCAGAUCGAACAGUAACUUUAGGACCAGUAAUCUCUACACCCGAAACAGAAUCGAUAACACCAUCACCAGGCUGUAGAGAUACUCAACAACGCACAGUCAUCAUUCGUAACAUUAAUCAAAACACAUCAAAUCCAUUUAUAUCAACUCAACCAACACCAAUGGAAUUGGAUGAGGGGAUGUCGGUUGGGGACGGAGUCUUUUUCCGCCCCACGGACCCUUCAUCAGAUCAACGGCCAGUCAUAAAUCAACCUCGUGAUGCUAACAAGCAUCCUAAAACUUCUCUAUCUUCUAUAAUUCUCGGUGCUUCAAUAAUGACCAACAAACGUCCAUCAUAUGUCAUUCAAAAUUCAAAUUACUCGAAAUUCGAGCUACUCGAAAUUAAAGUGUUUUUUCCUGAUUAG